AUGUUCAGUACAAAACAGUCAGUGUGUGUAUCUCAAUGUACUUUUGGUAAAAGUGUUGAAUAUCUAGCCAAAGGUCAAUCAGUUGACUUACCCAUUUUCACCAAAGACUGUAUGGGCAGACAUAUAGUUAGUGAACAUGAAGUGAAAGCAAUCCACAUUAAGCCAGAUGGAUCACAAAAGCAGAUGGAAGUGACUGAUAAUGAUGAUGGCACCUACUAUGUUACCCUGCUUGGUGACAUACAAGGAAAGCAUGAAAUUAGAGUAAUGAUUGGAGAUGCACCCAUCCCAGGACAACCAUUCACGGUUGAGGUCGUCAAAGGCUUAGUCAGAACCAUAGGCCAGAAAGGAGAUGGCGAAUCGCAGUUCAAUAGCAUAUGUGGCAUUGCAAUAAAUAAAAAUGGCGACAUUGUAGCUGCUGACAAAGACAAUAACAGACUGCAGAUCAUUGACAUUACUGGAAAAUGUAAAAAAAUAAUAUUAUUGGAAAGACAUUUUAAGCCAAUUGAUGUGGCUGUUUUGAACGACAACACAUAUAUGGUUAUUGGCGAUAGACGCAGUUCUGGUAUAGUUGUGGUAAAUCAGAAUAAAAACACUGUUUCAUUCUUUGGUAAGAAUGAAUUAGAACAAGCAAAAAGCAUUACCAUAUGCCCUGUUACUGGUUUAGUGUAUGUUUUAAACAAAAACAUAAAUGUAUUUGUGAAGGUAUUUACACAAGAAUGUGAAUUUGUGAAAUCAAUGAAGCUAAAACGAUCCACCCCUAGUUGCAUUAGACUUGACAGUAGAGGUCUGCUUUACGUGUGUGUAGCACGUGAUGUGGAAGUGUAUGACAGAGACGGAGUGUUUUUAUACACCAUUUCAUAUUCCUCAAAGCCAGUGCAGUUGAACUAUCCAAAGUGUUUAGCUUUUGACAAGUAUGGCUAUCUUUAUAUCGCCAGUGAACAAGAGGUACGAAAAUACGGCUGUAAAGGAAGAUUUGUUUACCUUGUGCAUACACAUGCCAAUGAAAUGAAUGAGCCGACGGGCAUUGCAGUUUUGCAUGAUUUAACAGUAGUGGCCGCUUAUAAUAAGAAUAAUUGCAUAAAAUUAUUCGUUGAGUAA